AUGUCUUUGACCGACAUCAAGUACGAAGACAGCAAGCACGAGUUUGCAGAGCCGCAACACGUCGAACACGGCGGAUCGCGUGAAGCUGAGCUCGCCCGCAACAUCAAUACCAACGUCAAUGCCAAAAUUCAGAACCCUCUUUUCGGCAAGACCAAAGAGGAGCUGUUUUACGAUGUCGACGGCUUCUGCGAAGAGUUUGGCUUCAACGACAAGACGCAGCUAUUCCGCAAAGCUGCCCUUCUCGCUCAAAACCCUCACAAGUUCGACCAGUAUGACGAGCUGGAUGCCGAGGACAAGGCUGUCAUUCUGAGAGAGAAGACUCACAAGUGGUCGCAGCCCAAAGCUCUGGUCUUCACUGUCAUCCUCGCUUCGAUUGGAGCUGCUGUCCAGGGAUGGGACCAGACUGGUUCGAAUGGUGCCAAUCUGAGUUUCCCCAUAGAAUUCGGCAUCAGCGACGCCGAUGGUGAUCCCAAUCAAGCCAAAAACCAGUGGAUCGUCGGUCUCGUCAAUUCUGCUCCUUACAUUUCGACAAGUCUGUUGGGUGCUUGGCUCUCCGAUCCUAUGAACAACUGGCUCGGUCGUCGAGGUGUCAUCUUUAUCUCUGCUAUCUUCUGUCUCCUGGCCCCUAUCGGCUCCGCGGUCAGCCAGAACUGGCAGCAACUCUUCAUCACUCGACUCAUUCUCGGUAUCGGUAUGGGACUCAAAGGCGCCACUGUCCCCAUCUUCAACAGUGAAAAUGUCCCCGCCUCCGUUCGAGGAGGUCUCGUCAUGUCCUGGCAGCUUUGGACUGCCUUUGGUAUCUUUUUGGGAUUCUGCGCCAACUUGGCUGUCUACAAGGUUGGCAAGCUUGCUUGGCGUCUUCAGUUGGGCUCUGCUUUGAUUCCCGCCCUCCCACUGGUCCUUCUCAUCUACUGCUGCCCCGAGUCUCCUCGUUGGCUGAUCAAGAAGAACCGAUACCAAGACGCUUUCAAGUCUCUCCUCCGCCUCCGAAACUCGCCUCUUCAAGCUGCUCGAGACCUCUUCUACGUUCACUCUCAGUUGAAAGAGGAGCGUAUCGCUUUGGGGCAGUCCAAUGUUGUUUCUAGGUUUGUCGAGCUUUUCACGAUUCCUCGUGUCCGACGAGCUACUCUUGCUUCGGGUAUCGUCAUGAUUGGUCAACAAAUGUGCGGUAUCAACAUCAUUGCCUUCUACUCUUCAUCCGUCUUCUCCCAGGCCGGCUACGGCAACCUCGAAUGCCUGCUCGCCUCAUGGGGUUUCGGUCUCAUCAACUUCCUCUUCGCCAUUCCCGCCGUCUUCACCAUUGACACUUUCGGUCGUCGAAACCUCCUCUUGUCCACCUUCCCCAACAUGGCUUGGACUCUGCUCGUCACCGGCCUGUGCUUUUUGAUUCCCAAGACCUCGAGUGCCCGAGUGCCCCUCAUCGCAGUGUUCAUCUACAUCUUUGCCAUGUUCUACAGUGUUGGUGAGGGACCUGUGCCCUUCGCCUACUCUGCCGAGGUGUUUGACUUGGCGCACCGAGAAGUCGGUAUGAGCUGGGCUGUUGCUACCUGUCUCUUCUGGGCUGCCGUGCUCUCCCUCACAUGGCCCCGAAUGGUUGGCGCUAUGACUUCCACCGGCGCUUUCUGCUUCUACGCCGGUCUCAACAUGGUUGCCUUUGUCCUCAUCUUUUUCUUCCUCCCCGAGACCAAGCAACUCACUCUCGAAGAGCUCGACUACGUCUUCGGCGUCCCCACUGCUACCCACGCCUCAUACCAGGCCAAGGUUUGGGCUCCUUGGUUCAUCAAGAGCAAGAUCCUCAGACAGAAGGUAGAGCUCAAGCCCUUGUACCACUUGGAGGAAGUGGGUGGUAUCGAGAAGGACCCGGAGUAUGCUGCUCAGGCUUUGGGAGCUAUGCACUAA